AUGACUUCCAUUUUAUGCGAAGAAUGUGAACAAGACAUUGACACGACGACUGGUUGGUGUACACCAUGUAACGCAAAGCACUUUGAAAACAACUUCCCUAAUUGGACAAGUGAUAAUGCAGAAAUAGACGAGUUUAUUCGUAACUCUCAAAUAACCGCCAAACGUCACGAAUGUGUGUUCGAAUGGGUUGACUAUUCUAAAUUUACGCUACUCCAAAAGGUCGAAUUUUCUAGAAACAAUAAGGCUUAUUGGGAAGAAGGGCAUUUGUUAAGGUGGGAUGUAAAAGCGAGUGAAUGGUUUCGACAUGGGGGGCAGUGGGUUAAGUUGGUAACUAAUUAUUCUGCCGAAAAACACUUGGGACCACGGGUCCUUAAACUGGAAUCUGAAUUUUCGAAAUCAAACCCACCAUCAAAGAGACUAAUUUAUGGAAUCACGCGUAAUCCUGUCACAAAAGAAUAUGCUGUCAUUGAAAAUUUAAUGGAUCGGUGUCUCUCUUGUGGUCAAGAAUGGAUGUCUCCCCGAUGGUGUCGCGGUUGUAAUACCAGUCUUUUUAAAUCUGAACGUUCAAAUUGGACAAGUG